GUCCCAGGUCCCUCCCAGGCGGGAGCAGAACAGGCGGUGCCCCGCGGCCGCGGAGCCAUGGACGGCAGCGGGCCCUUCAGCUGCCCCAUCUGCCUAGAACCGCUCCGGGAGCCGGUGACACUGCCCUGCGGCCACAACUUCUGCCUCGCCUGCCUGGGCGCGCUCUGGCCACAUCGCAGUGCGGGUGGCACGGGUGGUUCCGGAGGCCCGGCCCGCUGCCCGCUGUGCCAGGAGCUCUUUCCCGACGGCCUGCAGCUCCGCAAGAACCACACGCUGUCCGAGCUGCUGCAGCUCCGCCAGGGAUUGUGCCCGGGACCCAUGCCCUCCCCCGCUGCAGGCCCUGCUCCGGGCGCGACGCCCGAGCCCUCGGUGCCCAGCGCACCACCCACCGCCCCGGAACCCUCGGCUCCCUGCGCGCCCGAGCCAUGGCCAGCGGGUGAAGAGCCGGUGCGCUGCGAUGCGUGCCCCGAGGGUGCUGCCCUGCCCGCGGCGCUCUCCUGCCUCUCCUGCCUCGCCUCCUUCUGCUCCGCGCAUCUGGGCCCGCACGAGCGCAGCCCCGCGCUACGCGGGCACCGCCUGGUGCCGCCGCUGCGCCGGCUGGAGGAGAGCCUGUGCCCGCGCCACCUGCGGCCCCUGGAGCGUUACUGCCGCGUGGAGAGAGUGUGCCUGUGUGAGGCCUGUGCCGCCCAGGAGCACCGCGGCCACGAGCUGGUGCCGCUGGAGCAGGAGCGCGUGCUGCAGGAGGCCGAGCAGUCCAAAGUCUUGAGCGCUGUGGAGGACCGCAUGGAUGAGCUGGGUGCCGGCAUUGCACAGUCUCGGCGCACGGUGGCCCUAAUCAAGAGUGCAGCUGUGGCAGAGCGAGAGAGAGUGAGCCAGCUGUUUGCAGAGGCAACAGCCACCCUACAGAGCUUCCAGACUGAGGUGCUGGGCUUCAUUGAAGAGGGGGAGGCCACCAUGUUGGGCCGCUCCCAGGGUGACUUGCGGAGACAAGAGGAACAGCGCAGCCACCUAAGUCGGGUGCGUCACAACCUCAGUCAAGUUCCUGAAGCUGACUCAGUCAGCUUUCUGCAGGAGCUCCUGGCACUACGGCUGGCCCUGGAGGAGGGGUGUGGCCCUGGUCCUGGGCCCCCCAGGGAACUCAGCUUCACCAAGUCCUCCCAAGUCGUCAGGGCAGUAAGAGACGUCCUGGUUUCAGCCUGUGCCAGCCAGUGGGAGCAGCUGCGGGGGCUGGGCAGUGACGAGGAUGGGCUGCAGAAGCUGGGCUCAGAAGAUGCGGAGUCCCAGGACCCCGACAGCACCAACCUGCUGGAGAGUGAGGCACCCAGGGACUAUUUCCUCAAAUUUGCCUACAUCGUGGAUUUGGACAGUGACACAGCAGACAAGUUCCUGCAGCUGUUUGGAACCAAAGGUGUCAAGAGAGUACUAUGUCCCAUCAACUACCCUGAGUCACCCACCCGAUUCACUCACUGCGAGCAGGUACUAGGUGAGGGUGCUCUAGACCGGGGCACCUACUACUGGGAGGUGGAGAUCAUCGAAGGAUGGGUCAGUGUGGGUGUCAUGGCAGAGGGCUUCUCCCCGCAAGAACCCUAUGACCGGGGCCGGCUGGGCCGCAAUGCACACUCCUGCUGCCUGCAAUGGAAUGGGCGUGGAUUCUCAGUCUGGUUCUGUGGGCUGGAGGCCACACUGCCCCACGCCUUUUCACCUACGGUUGGGGUCUGCCUGGAGUAUGCUGACCACGCCUUGGCCUUCUAUGCUGUUCGUGAUGGAAAAUUGAGCCUUCUGCGGAGGCUCAAAGCCUCCCGGCCACGCCGGAGUGGUGCCCUGGCCUCUCCCACUGACCCCUUCCAGAGCCGCCUGGACAGUCACUUUGCUGGGCUCUUCAACUACAGGCUCAAGCCUGCCUUCUUCCUGGAGAGUGUUGAUGCUCAUCUUCAGAUUGGGCCCCUCAAGAAGUCCUGCAUAUCUGUACUGAAGAGGAGGUGAUGCAGGCUGCCUCACCCUGCAGUGGCCUCAGCCUUAGAAUCCUCGGCACCCCCAGCCUUCUCACUUCUAGAGGCCUCUGCCUCCUGUAUUUUGGCUUUCCAUUUACACAGAAGGGAACUCCAGCCCUUGCCCCCUGCCAGGACUUGUUUUGGGAAGACUGCUUCAGCUGGGACAAUUUCAGGCUGCCCCAAAGCCUUCUUUUCCAGGUUUCUAGAACUGCCUGGCACGCAGUAGGUGUGCAAUAAAUACCUGUUGAAUGAAUGACUCCCUU